AUGUCUCCGGCAUAUAUACAAGGAGGAUGUAUAGCUAAUAUAGGAUCUUGUAAUACAUGGUUUGAUUCUGUAAGCGGUUUGGUACGAACGAAGAAAUUGAGAACAAAAGGAUCGGAACUCGCUAAUAGGAAAAGAGAGAAAAACAAAGCAAUGCCAACAGAUACGUCAUUCCUAUGUUCAUCGAUAGACGAAACUCUCUCUUUGUCAUCUCGUGCCAGAUGCAAGAAAGAACUCAUCCUUUUUUCCUUAGCCAGUUAUGAUAUGAUGGGUCAAUCAUUUGCUUCAUUGGCUCCAGCGGUGGCAGCGACGGAAUCUGCUAUUGGGUUAGCCAUUUUCGUCAUUACUUUCCGAGUACGAGGAACUAUUGCCGUUGAAUUCAUUAAUAGCAUUCAAGGCUAG